CUGAGGUGGCGACUGGGGAGAGUGAGAGUCCCGGGUGCUGGGAGGCCUGGUGGGGUUCUGGGCCAAGUAUCCCGGUGCUUAGGAGUUCCUAACGGGAGUAUCUGUGCCUUUUCUGUGGAGAUGUCUAGUGGAAACUGAGGCCCGGGGAGGGGCGGAAGCGGGGCACAAGGCCUGGUGUUUUGCCCCAAGGCCUGGUAGCGCGGAAGCUGGGUCUAGAAUCCGGAAUGAAGGAGCCUGCGACCUCAGACCUUGAACUUGCCUGGAGGCGACGCCGUUACCUGGGCAAUCAACUCCUGAUUUCUGUUCCAGAGGAAGUUCUCGGGAGUAUUAGGAUCGAGAAGGGAUGAAGAGGAUGGGGGGAAAAGAUUACAAGUUAGAAAUCACGGUGUUUAGGAUCAGUUGCAACGAGAUUGCAUUCGGUAGCCUUCUUUUAUUUACUUCCUUCACAGUGAUCUUUGGAGGCAGUAAACGGCACGACCAGGAAGACGAAAUUCCCAAAAGAUCAAGGCAAUAAGAAAUGAAACCAACAGGUACAGACCCAAGGAUCUUAUCUCUAGCUGCCGAAGUUGCAAACAGUCCUGAGCAGAAUGUCCCUAUUAUACUGUUGAAGUUAAAAGAAAUAAUAAACAACACACCUUUAGGAAGCUCAGAGUUGAAGAAAAUAAAACAAGAUAUAUAUUGUUAUGACCUCAUUCAGUAUUGCCUUUUGGUCCUCAGUCAAGAUUGUUCUCGAAUCCAGGGUGGUUGGACUACAAUUUCCCAGCUUACACAGAUAUUAAGUCAUUGCUGUGUGGGCUUGGAGCCAGGAGAAGAUGCAGAGGAAUUUUACAAUGAAUUGCUUCCAUCAGCUGCAGAAAAUUUUCUGGUUUUGGGGAGGCGAUUGCAAACAUGUUUCAUCAAUGCCGCUAAGGGGGAAGAAAAAGAUGAAUUACUACGCUUUUUCCAAAUUGUGACUGAUUCUCUCUUCUGGCUUUUGGGAGGCCAUGUUCAACUCAUCCAAAAUGUACUACAAAGUGAUCAUUUCUUACACUUACUGCAAACUGACAACCUUCAAAUAGGAUCUACAGUCAUGACUAUGCUACAGAACAUACUACAAAUCAACAGGGGUGAUUUACUCCGGAUAGAAGGAAAAACACUACAUUCAAUUUUAGAUGAAGUUGUUUUCAAGCUUUUAUCAACUCCUAGCUCUGUGAUAAGAAGUACUGCUGCAAAGCUUCUACUGCUGAUGACUGAAACCCAUCAGGAAAUUUUGAUUUUACUGAGACUAAGUGCCUGCUACAAAGGACUCAGAAGUCUACGAAAUAAGCAGGAGCCUGGGACAGAGUUUAGUCAAGAACUUGGACAGCUCAUUGCCCUUUUAACCCCAAAGGUCUAUCAGGAAGUAGAAGAACAGAAACUACAUCAAGCAGCUUGCUUGAUUCAAGCUUAUUGGAAGGGUUUCCAAACUAGAAAGAGGUUAAAGAAGCUUCCAUCUGCUGUGAUUACUUUGCAGAGGAGUUUCAGAUCUAAACGAAGCAAGAUCUUACUAAAGCUAAAAAGGCAGAAGGAAGAAGAGGAUCGCAGAUUACAGUUGCACAUUCAAAGACAGAGAGCCAUGAGACUGUCCCGAGAAUUACGGCUGAGUAUGCUUGAAAUAGUUCAUCCAGGUCAGGUGGAAAAACAUAAUCGGGAAAUAGAAGAGAAAUCAGCAUUGAUUAUCCAGAAACACUGGAGAGGGUACAGGGAAAGGAAAAUUUUUCGCCAACAGAGGCCAUCUCUCACGGAGUAUAAAGCAGCUGUCACACUUCAGAGAGCAACUCUUAAAUUCCUAGCAAAGUGUCGUAAGAAAAAGAAACUGUUUGCUCCUUGGCAAGGACUUCAAGACCUCACUGAUGCACGCAGAGUUAAACUGAAGCAACAAGUGGAUGACUAUCUCCAAAGACAUCCGAGCUCUCAGAUGUCAGAUGUGACUAGCAGAGAGCUCCAUUCCCAAGCUCAAGAACAACUGCAACACUACCUUAUGGGCAGGGUCCUAGAAGAGAGAGCCCAGCAGCACAGGGAGGCUCUGAUGGCUCAGAUCAACACCAACAUUGAACAAUUAAUGAAGGCACCAAGUCUGAAGGAAACAGAAGGGAAGGAACCUGAGCUCUUCCUAAGUAGAUCCAGGCCUGUGGCAGCCAAGGCCAAGCAGGCCCAUCUUACCGCUCUGAAGCAUUUACAGGCACCCUGGUGGAAGAAUCUUGGGGAAGAAGAAGGAGAUGAGAUUGAUGUCCCAAAGGAUGAGCUCAGUGUAGAAUUAGGAACUUUAUUCAUUGGUGGAAGCAAACCCCCUUAGGGAGCUACCCAAAGAAAUGACACUUAUUUCAGGAGAUUGUAUUGGUUCUGCCUCUGGCAUACUAGUAGACUAGAGCUAUCCUAACUCAUUUCCCGAAAUUCCUCUCCAGAUAAGAUUUUCAGGCAGUAAGCAAGGAGUUACCUUCUACCUCUAUCUCAGUUCUCUUUUUUUUUUUUCCACAUUACCCACGCCACACACAAAUUAGGAUGGCUUUUAUUGUGGAACUAACCUCAGCAUGGCAUUCUAUUGCUUAGAUGAAAUGUGGUAGUUCUUUUGUUUUUGCUGUUUUCCUACUAAAGAUGUUUUCUAAAUAAAUAUUUUCAACAAUUCUCAAAAACUUGUCAGGAUUACUUCAACUUUUCACAUUUAUUGUUUAGAAUGCAUGUGUUUCUACGAAUAUAAAAAGUAUGUUCUUGGCCUAAUUUAUUAAGAUGAGGAAAAGAAAUGGUCAUUUGAAGGGCACUGCACUAUUUUCUACCAAACAGUGCUUGAACUCAUUUUCUAUCUUGUUAUUUCUAAAAGAACUGCAUUUUAAAAAAAUCCUAAGAAGUGUGCCUGGGUAGCUCAGUCGGUUGAGCAUCUGACUUGGGCUCAGGUCAUGAUCUCAUGGCUUGUGAGUUUGAGCCCCAUGUCAGGCUCUGUGCUGACAACUCAGAGCCUGGAGUCUGCUUCAUAUUCUGUGUCUCCCUCUCUCUCUGCCCCUCCGCCACUCACGCUCUGUCAGUCUCAAAAAGAAGUAAACGUUAAAAAAUUUUUAAUCCUAGGAUUCAGCACAAAAAAAAUUCCUUCAGAUAAAUGCAUUUGUUCUGUUAAACUGUGAGAAUUCUAUAACUUACUGUUUCCCUUUGUCUUAUCUCCUAUAAAUCUCAGCUAAAUAUAAUACUUACUUUGUGUUAUGAUCCUAGGUACCUAUAGAGUUAUUUGGUUGCAACCUGAUACUUUCUAAUUUUCCUAUUUAUCUUUGAUUGUGUUUUAGUACCAGAAGCUACUUCUGUUUGUGUUUGUAACAAUAUAGAAUUUAAAUUAAAAACAUUUAACAAAUCAUGGACUCAAUAUCAUAAGGAACCUGUAUGAUACUUUUUGUAUAAAUGAGUGAAAAUACCAUUAUUUCUGGAUAGGAAGACCAAAUAGUAUAAUGUCCGUUCCUCCAACAUUAAGUUUAGUAAAAUUCUAGUCACUAUCCUAAUGUAAUUUUUAUUCAUAAUUGGGAAAGAAAUGUACAUAAUUAAUCUGUAAUAAUCAGUUGAAAGUUCUGAUUUCACUUAGAAUGUAGAAAGCUAGGUGAAAAUGUUGCUCCCCUGUUAAAAAUGCAAGAUAAUCUACAAAAAUAAUUUUUCUUGAGCCUAUCUGAUAGUUGAGGCCUCAAGACAACCAAGUAAAUAGAGAUGUGACUCAAUAUCUGUGAAAUGAGCUA